GUGCUCGGAGGGGUGGUUAUGGACGGGGGCGGACUUAAUGCCUUGAAGUGUUGUUGAAUUUAGCGGUUCGUCUUUUUUUCCCCAAGGUGACAUUUAAUUAUUCUGUAUAUUUUAAUCGUAAUUUGCCCCAGAGCCGUGAGCAGCAUAAACCCCGGGUGUUUCUCAGGAUGCCUCCCAAAAAACGCGGCGGCUGCAGCGGGACUCCUCCGAGCAGAGAGGCGAAGUGCAGCAACAAGAAGGAAAGCUCGGUGCUCUCCCCGGAAAACCACAAAGAGAAGGAUCCUGAGUUUGUAGCCCUGUGUAAGGACCUCUUGGUCUCCAACUCUGCAUGUACCCAGGCAUGGUCACUGUGGGAGUCAAUGGUCAAGACAGCAGAGAAAGUCGAUGAGUCAUGCAAGCAGCUCUGGGGAGCAUGUGUGUAUAUUUCAGUCGUGGACUCGGAUGACCUCAGGUUUACAUUUACAGAAUUUCAGAGGGCUGUUGGUCUGAGUGUAAAGCAGUUUCUCGCCCUGAUGCGAAAGCUGGAUGAAAACUUGGACACAAUAAGCCCUAAAGUAAACUCCGCAGUGACGAGGAUCGAGAAGAAAUACGAGGUGUCACUGGCUCUCUAUCAGAGAUUUGUGAAAACAUGUGUAAAAAUCUAUUGUGUGCCUGAUGAACUUAAGAGACAAAAACUUUUGCGCUGUAGCUGGAUCUUAUUCCUCUUGGCUAAAGGAAGCGCUCUGCAGAUGGAGGAUGACCUGGUGAUAGCCUUCCAGUUACUUUUGUGUGUUCUGGAGUUCUACAUCAAGCGCUGCCCGCCCUCUCUCCUGCAGCCUCUCUAUAAGUCGGCAAUAAGCGAAACGACGCAGAGCCCCCCAACCCGGACUUCGAGGCGGAAUAAAGCCAAGCCUCGUCCUCCAGACAUGGACAUGCAGUUGCUGGAGAAGUUGUGUAAGGAGAGCGACUGCAGUGUAGAUGAGGUGAAAAACGUCUACCAAAGCAGUUUCUGUGCCUUUCUGGACUCCAUGGGCUUGUCAGGAUCACAGGAACUUCCAGCAGUGGAAACUUUAUCCAAAAGUUAUGAUGAGCUCUACCAUAAAAGCAAGGACUUUGACGCACGACUGUUUUUAGAUGAUGAUGAGACCCUCAAAUCAAUCAAAACAGAAGUUAUAAAGGUAGAAAUGACUCCUAGAAAGAAUCCAUCUGGAGAGGAGAACGUCUGCAUUCCACCACAAACCCCAAUCAGAGCGGCCAUGCAUUCAAUUCAGCAGCUGAGGGGUGAGCUUACCUCAAACAGUGACCGACCAUCAGGCAUACUCAUGGUUUACUUCAGGAACUGCACUGUGGACCCAUCAGAAGACAUCAUGAAACGGGUUGAACAACUCAGUCAGAUUUUCAGCCAGAAAUUUGCUCAAGCUGUUGGUCAGCGCUGUGAAGGUUUGGGCAAAAAGAGAUUUACUCUAGGUGUCCAGCUUUACUACAAAGUCAUGGAGUCAAUGCUUAAAUCGGAAGAGAAAAGACUCUCUGUGCAGAAUUUCAGUAAGCUCCUGAACAACGCUACUUUCCACACUUCACUCCUUGGCUGUUCACUAGAAGUUGUCCUGGCAACUUAUGUUGGAUAUUCCCUAAAGAAUGGCAGCAGUGAAUCUCCUGAGACGAACCUGUGCUUCCCUUGGAUCUUGGAUGUCUUCCAGCUUCAUGCCUUUGACUUCUAUAAAGUGAUAGAAAGCUUCAUCAAGGCGGAGCCCACUCUGAAGCACGACAUGAUCGAACACUUGUGGCGCUGUGAGCAGCAGAUCAUGGAGAGCAUCGCAUGGAAAUCGGACUCGCUCCUGUUUGAGCUCCUGAAGCAGUGUCGUGAGGAUGGUCCUGAAGAGCAAGCGGAGCCUCCUGCAACGUUAAACCAGCCUCUGCAGCACAACCACACAGCAGCUGAUCUAUAUCUGUCUCCCGUGCGUCCAAGUCGUCGAGUUGCAGCAGCAGAGGCAGACAUUCCAGUCGUGCCCCCAUCACAGCCCCCUGCCCCAGGCACCGGACAGCACUGCUCCAAUUCCCUCAGCCUCUUCUAUAAGAAACUGUACAGAAUGGCCUACCUGCGACUGCAAAUGCUUUUCUCUCACCUUUUGACUGCUCAUCCCGAGCUUGAGGCCAUCAUAUGGACCUUGCUCCAGCACACACUACAGAACGAGUAUGAGCUAAUGAAGGACAGACACCUAGACCAGCUGAUGAUGUCUGCCAUGUAUGCCAUAUGCAAGGUCAAAAAUGUGGAUUUGCGUUUCAAGACAAUCGUCACUGCAUACAAAGAGCUUCCCAACACAAGCCAGGAGACUUUCAAGCGUGUGUUGAUCAGAGACGGACAAUACGAUUCCAUCAUCGUCUUCUACAACCUGGUGUUUAUGCAGAAGUUGAAGACUAACAUCUUGCAGUAUGCUUCCCCACGGCCUCCUCCGCUGUCUCCCAUUCCACAUAUUCCUCGCAGCCCAUACAGGUAUCCCAGCUCUCCUCUCAGAGUGCCUGGUGGGAACCUCUACAUCUCGCCUUUAAAGAGCAGUCGCUUGACCCCAGGAGCCAUGACACCCAGAUCCAGGAUCCUUGUAUCCAUUGGAGAAUCAUUUGGGACCUCAGACAAAUUUCAGAAGAUUAAUCAGAUGGUCAGUAGCACAGAUUGGCCCCAGAAGAGAAGUCUCGCUGGAGAUUCAACCCCCAGACCUCUGAAGCGGUUAAGAUUCGAUGGGGAUGGACAGGAUGAGGCUGAUGGGAGCAAAUCAAAUGGCGAAUCUACACUGGACAAGAAGCUGGCUGAGAUGCGUUCAGUUCGCAGUCGCAUGCAGGAACAGAAAAUGAAAGAGGAGGCUGAGAAGGAGGAUCCGGAGCCAUGACCGGAACGGGCCUCGUUGUCAAACAUGUCAUCAUUGCCCUGCACUGACGUAGACUGUUUUUACUAUUAAUCUUCAGAUUUACUAAUUCCCUAAUCACUAAUACUUGUUUAAAUAUACGUUGGAAUAAAAUAACCAAGAGAAUAUGAAUCAGCAAGAAUAAAGUAGAAAGAUUUGGAGAUGUAGCAUCAGAGGGGAAAGAUUUAAGUGAUGUACUGAAAUGGAAAUUCUUAGCUAAAACGUGAAAUUCAGGACAAACAUUUUUUAUUAACUAGCUUCUCGUACUGUUGCAAAAAAAGUACAUUUGUUUUGUUUUUUAUGCUUGCAACACAUUUUUCAUUAAUUUUUAUUGAAAUGAAUAACGCUACUGAUGUCAGCCCACUUAAGCUGACUAAACAGUUUUUUAAACUGUAAUGUUUCUGUGAGACUUGCAAUAACAUAGGCAUCUACAAAAAAUGUGUAAAAAAUAUAUUGUCAAUUUUAGGUUUUUAUUUGGUUGCUUUUUUCUGUUACUUGUUCAAAAUGGUAUCAUGAUCUUCUGAUUCCUACAUUUUUUGUUAUAAUAUGUUUUUACAUUGAAAUGUGUCUUUGGUGCUUGCAGUUCACUAAGCUUUCUGCAUUGCAUUUCUGCAACAUGUGUAUCAAUGACUUGACGUACACCUGGUGAGUAUCAGAGUCAUGUGCUUAGUGCACAAAAUCACUUCGAAAUAGAAGAACAAGGGAGAAACACUGUCUUGAACUGUUUUUAAAGCAGAGACAUGUUUAGGAUACAGAUUUUUUUUAAUUCACUUUUGGCUCUUUCACAACCAAUUGUAAUUUUUUUUUUAUUUUAGAAAAAAGGCAAGCAUUAAUAAAUACUUAAAUGAAGGGGAAAUGGCUACUUACAUGUCAGUCCUCAUAUUAAGGCAUGACUCCACAAAAAGUGCUGAAGGAUGCAAUAAAGCAAAAACCUUUUAAGUCCCACUGUGCCUUGAUGGCACUAAUUGAUUUUGUUCAGUUUUUGACUUUUAUUUUUCUUCUUGAAAUAUCAUUUGUGUUGUAAGGUUAAUAGAUUUAGUUUUGGGUUUUAUGAAAUGAAUGUUGUGUGUCUGCAUGUAUGUCUGAGUAUGUGUGUUCACACUCCUGCAUACCUGUAUUACUUUUUUCUUUUUUUAAUAUAUUGUAUUUUUAUUUGCUUUCUGAAGAGUGUAAUUUUUUUUAUUGAAAUUCUUUUUUAGUAAGAAUUUGUUUUAAAAAAUGUUUUGUUUGUUUCAAGUACUUUUGUCAAAAAAGUUGUUAUAACUGACUUGAGAGUGUGUCUUAUAUGAUCAUCUUUUAGGAAAAUAAAUUGUAAAAGGACAGCACUGUAUUACAGAAUGCACAUUUAUGUUGUGUUGUCUGUACUGGCAUCCCAAAACAGGAAUCUGGUGAAAAUAGAGAAGCAGAAGUGUUUGGACAGUAACUCUCUUGUUUUCAUUAAUGAAUAAAAUCAAACUAAA